AUGGAUCACCGCAUGACGUCGUGUUUGCUUCUCCUCUUGGUCUCUUUCCAAAUUGCAUUUGCUCAAGACGCUCCAACGACUCUAGUUCCUGCAAUCAUGACGUUUGGUGACUCUGUGGUUGAUGUCGGAAACAACAACUACCUUCCGACCAUUUUCAGAGCUGACUACCCUCCUUAUGGCCGUGAUUUUGCUGGCCACAAACCCACAGGACGUUUCUGCAACGGCAAAUUAGCAACUGAUAUUACCGCUGAGACACUAGGGUUUACUAAAUACCCACCAGCUUAUCUAAGUCCCGAAGCUUCAGGGAAGAACCUUCUCAUUGGUGCUAAUUUCGCUUCAGCAGCUUCAGGUUACGAUGACAAAGCCGCUCUUCUCAAUCACGCGAUUCCAUUGUGUCAGCAAGUAGAGUACUUCAAAGAGUACAAGAGCAAGCUCAUAAAAGUUGCAGGAAGCAAAAAAGCUGAUACUAUUAUAAAGGGAGCAAUCUAUCUCUUAAGUGCAGGAAGCAGUGACUUUGUUCAAAACUAUUAUGUGAAUCCUCUUCUUAACAAACAAGUGUAUGCGGUUGGAGCAAGGAAGAUAGGAGUGACAUCUCUGCCUCCAACGGGAUGUCUUCCAGCUGCAAGAACCCUUUUCGGAUGGCAUGAAAAAGGUUGUGUUUCAAGACUCAACACAGAUGCUCAGCAAUUCAACAAGAAGCUUAACGCAGCUGCUUCAAAGCUUCAGAAGCAAUACUCUGGUCUAAAGAUUGUUGUCUUCGACAUCUUCACCCCACUUUAUGAACUUGUUCAGUCCCCUGCUAAAUCUGGAUUCACGGAAGCAACAAAAGGAUGUUGUGGAACAGGAACAGUAGAGACAACUUCGCUCUUGUGCAAUCCGAAAUCGUAUGGGACAUGCCCCAAUGCGACUCAGUAUGUGUUCUGGGACAGUGUUCAUCCCUCUGAAGCUGCCAACGAGAUUCUCGCCACUUCUUUAAUUGGACAGGGCUUCCCUCUCAUUGGUUGA